CUUAAUAAAAUUAAAAAUUAAAUUAAAAUAAUAAAAUAAAUUUUCUUUAAUAUAUCUUAACCGUUUGAUUAUUUAAUUUGAUUCGAUACCCAAAGCCUAAGUAGAGGAGAUGAAGGCCCUUCGAACCCUAACUUCCUUUGUGGGCAAGUAAACCUCAAAUAAAAAGACCCCAUUACUUUUUGGUGCCAAGCCUUACUAAUCUUUAAUUGCCACCUUUUACUGACGCUAUAAAAGUCUCAUCGCCAUUUUCACUUUGAACUGCUUGACACUGUGAGCUCCUCUACCGAGUGUGGCCUCGGUACAAACAAAGAAUUUAUAGCCCAGCAGGGUCUCAUCUUUAGCAACCAUGACUGAAUCAAGAUUCUCUUUUGGUCCAGUACCGUCAUCAUCUUCGCCUUACACGUUCAAUUCAGUUUCAUUUACAGCAACAAAUGGCAGAAAAGUUUAUACGAGUUGGAGAAUUCGACGACAACGUUUUUCCACUGCAAGAGGCUUCUCAUCCACUGACCAAUCCAACACUAAUUCCUAUGAGAUAAAUGCAGAAUCAGGCCACGGUGCGGAGAGAACAGAUGAAAUAGUGAGUAAUCUGCAAACAAGUACUAUGGAAGCAGAGAUUGCAGGGAAAGAGAGCAAUAAUACUGCUGAAGAGGGUGCUUUGGCUCCAUCUUAUAUCAAACAGGAGGAAGAAUCAAGAGAAGCAAAUCAAGAACCUGCCAUAACUUCAUCAUUAGUGGUGAUUUCUAGAAUUUUAAAGGGUAUACCUCAAAACCCUCACUUUUAUCAGCUUAGAAAUCACUCCGAACUUGCAAGAAAGAGCAUGAUAUGUUCAUGGGACAAGAUUUUCGAAGAAACUGUAGAACAAAGUCGCUCUCUACAAGCAAAUGGUUUCUGGGUCAGAGCCAGGGAGCUGUGGAAAACCAUGGGGGAGUUGCAGACCAUGGGGUAUAAUGUGAUUCCUUUAAGGAGAAGAUUAAUAGAGUUAAGCAAUGUAAUGACAGAGCUAAAGUUGUCUAAAUCAGAUAUUAAAGGGUUAAAGAUCAAGGCUGAGAAUCACAGAGCAAAGAAAAGCAGGCUUGAAUUUGUGAUUUUGAGCUGGCAAAAAAUGAUCAAGCGAGAGCAAGAAGGCAUGGAGAGAGUGCUAACUCAGGUAAUAGCUAAGGAGAAAGAGUUACCAAAAUUUGAUGAAGCAUUUGCCAAGUUAGCCUUGGAGCCACUCUAGAUUGAUAUCUGCAGUUAUGAGUUGAGAGAUUUAAUUUGAUGUAUAAUGUUUUUAUAAGAUUCUAUUAACUUUAAUCAAACAUUAAUCUGCAAUUUACCCUUCUGCAUUUAA